AUGUCCACUAUUGGUCGUACAAUCAAGAACGUCUUAAAAGCUGGUCCUGCCAACUCGUUGAAGCAAAUGAACAACAUUGGUGAUACCAAAUGGGGUGCCUUUAUUGGUGCUGAUCGCUUUGGCAACAAGUACUUUGAAAACAACGACGAAAUCUCGGGUCGUGAACGUUGGGUUGAAUUCGAUAGUGUUGACCCUGAUGGUGCUGAUAUUGAUCCUGCAUGGCACAUGUGGAUGGCAAGAAUCGUCCAGGAACCUCCUACUGAUAUGAACAUCCAAUCUCAAAAGUGGUGGACUGAACCUACACCCAACUUCACCGGCACUCGUAGCGCUUUCAGAACCUACAGCACCACCAAAGCCAAGGUCACCGCAUGGGUUCCUGUCGCUCUUCCUAGACAAUAG